GUGCACACCAAUUCUAUUUUAGCCGGACUUUGUGAAAACAUAUGGGGGUUCCAAAAAUAAAAUUAGAAACGUGUUUGUAAACGUCGUCGUGUAUUUUGGACGACGUUCUCUAACUCUAAGAAACUAUUCCUAAAGAUGAAACGGUCUAUUUUUAUUUUAUUUUUCCGUUUCUUCCUACUUUCUCGCAUAUAUCUUACAAUUUACUUCGCUUCUAAGAUGAAUUUUUAUCUCAAAACUUUUUAGAAUACAUAUAUCGUUUAUUAUAUAUCAUUUUAAAGGUCGAGAUGUCAGCUUUAAUUUGGUAUAUAAAUCGUUGCUUCAAUAUCGUAAUCUCAUUAAAUGGGUUAAUUACAAUUAAAUUACAAUGAAGAAAUGUUUAAGAUUAAAAGAAAACUAAGUUAUUUAAUUUUUUUCUAUAUUACUGAAUGAAAACUGGCCUUUAGUCAAUCGACACAGUUCUUUAAGACCGCGACGAAGAGAAUUGCGUAAUUUUGGGCACCGUACCGGUCGAAUGGAUGUAGUGAAAGUGUACCCCAAAUGGACCCACCAAGAAACGAUCAGAAAUGUUAACCAAAACAGACCGAGACGGUCAGUUCGCAAAGAGGAGUGUUGAGAAAACGUUAAAAAAUAAAAAUGUUGAAUCAAUCAUCAAUCACUUUGUUGUUUCUUUGUGUAGCUUUCAUAACGAGUUUUUCACUUUCAAAUUCAGUGUCAAUUAUAACUGAAAAACCUCAUUAUGUAAAUACGUGUAAAAUUAAAGAAGAAAAUUUUAUUAAUUGUUCAACUAAUGCUGUUCAAAAACUUUUUGAUGAAAUUCCUAAUGGUAUAUCUGACAUUGGGUUAGAACCGUUGGAUCCAUUAAAAGUUCCAGUUAUAAAGAUUUUACAAGGAACCGGCCCAGUAAACGUAAAUGCAUCUUUAACAAACGUCACAGUUUUGGGAUUUGGAAAUACUCAUAUUAAAUUAAAUAACGUUGAUCCUAAAACUCACGAUUUUUACACUGAAUUACAUUUACCAAGAUUAAGAAUUGAUGGGAAUUAUAAAUUAUUGGGUAGAAUUUUGUUGAUUCCUUUAAGGGGAGCUGGAACUUGUUGGUUUGAUGCUAAAAAUUUGGAUAUCGUUGUGAAAAAUUUUGUUGAAUUAAUAAAACACGAUGGUUUUCAUUUCUUUAAAAUAACGGGGAUUCAAGUUAAAUUUACAAUAGGUGGACUUAAUUUGUACAUGGGAAAUCUUUUUGAUGGAAUUAAAGCUUUAGAGGAAUCAACGAAUCGCUACUUAAACGAAAACUGGCAAGUAUUAGCAGAUUCUUUAAAUCCAAUAUUGACCAGGACGAUUGAAAACAUAAUGUUUGAUAUUUUGCGUAAAGUUUUCGAUAACAUUCCAGCGGAUUUCUUCAUAAGUGAUUUGGCCUCAUAAAAUAAACCUAUUUUAUAAGUAAUUAUAAUUUGAAAGUUUCUUAGUUAAUUUUUUUCUAAUUUACAAAUCGAUUUUAUUAAUUAACUUAUUAGAAGAACAAAUUAAAAUGUGUUAAAAAAACAUUGCGUUUAAAAAUAACCCGAAUCUGACACAUUUUCUUUACACUCAAAAAUGUAAACACUCCCGAAAUAAUCCCCCUUGAGUGACUCACUUUACACGAAAUUAUAAAAAGCGUUCUCCUAUUUUGGUAACGCUAAUUAAUUUUUAAUAUAAAUUAAUUAAAUUAGUCUAAAGGUAAUUCGUUUUCAAAAUAGAAUUUGUGUUAGCCAAAAAUGACGACGUGGAUUAAUGGUGAUAAAUUACUGGUUUAU